AUGAAGGACGUAGGGGUGGCGAAUCACGAGUCGUUCAUGGCCAAGGACUACCAUGAUCCACCGCCGGCGCCGCUCAUCGACACAGAGGAGCUGACGAAGUGGUCGUUUUACAGAGCUUUAAUAGCUGAGUUCAUAGCCACUUUACUAUUUCUUUACAUUACAGUUUUGACUGUAAUUGGGUAUAAGAGCCAUCUUGAUACUGACUUGAAGGGUGACCAGUGUGGUGGUGUGCGAAUUCUUGGUAUUGCAUGGGCCUUUGGAGGCAUGAUCUUCAUUCUUGUCUACUGCACUGCUGGAAUUUCUGGGGGGCAUAUAAACCCAGCAGUGACUUUUGGCCUGUUUUUGGCCCGAAAAGUGUCUUUGAUCCGGGCAGUAAUGUACAUGGUGGCACAAUGUUUGGGGGCCAUUUGCGGUGUCGGUUUGGUCAAAUCCUUUCAAAAAUCAUACUACAGGAAAUACGGCGGUGGCUCCAAUGAGCUGGCAGAAGGGUACAGCACCAGCGUCGGGCUAUCUAUUCCCAACACCGAAAUCAUCGGAACAUUCAUCCUCGUUUACACUGUUUUCUCCGCCGCUGACCCAAAGCGUAGUGCCAGAGAUUCUCAUAUCCCUGUAUUGGCACCUCUUCCAAUUGGAUUUGCAGUUUUCAUGAUUCAUUUGGCCACUAUUCCAAUCACUGGAACUGGCAUUAACCCGGCAAGGAGCCUUGGAGCUGCAGUAAUCUACAACCAAGACAAGGCUUGGGAUGAUCUUUGGAUUUUCUGGGUUGGUCCCUUUAUUGGUGCAGCCAUUGCAGCAUUCUACCACCAGUUUAUAUUGAGAGCUGGGGCAGUGAAAGCCCUUGGUUCAUUCAGGAGUAGUGCUUCUCAUGUUUAAUUUUCAUCACUGAUAUUGAUGAUUAACAUCUUUCCCUUCAUACUUUCAGCUAAAUUUUCAAGGUUAAUUAUGAAUAAUUUUGGGGAAUUGUUUUUUUGAACUUAAUUGAGUCUACUACAAUAUUAGGACUUGGAGUUUCAUG